AUGCAUUUUAAAUUAUUAUUCAUUAUAACCGGAUUACUACAAACUAAUACAUUUAGUGCACAAUCAGAUAUAGACUUACAAUUGCGAUCAUCGUCAGCAGUGACAUCAAAUCUUAAUAAUAAUAGUAAUAGUAAUGAUAUUAUCACUAAUAAUAAGCCGACAAACCGUAAAAAUGUAUUCAAUUCAAUGAUAGAUUCUCUAAUCAAUGCUAUAAUACCUAUAAGUAAUGAUACAAAAUCUACGACAACCACAUCCAAUGCCGGCCCACCCGGAGAGGGGUUUUGGGGAGAGCCGAGUGAUACAGAAACUGAUCCAUCGAUACCAUACAUUGUUCUGGACGACAGACCAAAAUCCACUACCAAUAGUGCAAUUAAAUUGACAGACGAGACACCUAAAGAUGGUAAUAAUCGGGACAAACCCGGAGGUUAUCCCUCCGACGGUUUUUACGAUCCAUACUCUGAUGAAACUGUUUCGACGUCCACCACACAGACCAGUAAAGGUACUACAAAAUCGUUGAUUGAACUGUUGGGUCUGAAAACAAAACGUAAACCUACGACAACUGUAAGCCCAUUACCUACAGCUCAUGAAUCCAUGAAUCCAUUGUCUGAUAGACCGUAUAAAUUGUCAAGUAUUGACUCUAAUAUUGCAUUACAUGGAUCUAAUGAUGGUCUUCUAAAUAAAGAUUACGAAGACAAUGAAGAUAAUCUCAAUAGUGAUGAUCCAUAUAAAGUGGAUAAUUUAGAUUUUAUCAAUUAUAUAUCAUCAGAUACUGUUAAUAAUGCCAAACAGUUUAUAACAUUUAAACCCGAUUGGCGACCACCAGUUCCACCGAUAAUUCCCAUUAAAUUUGACACAAAAACUACAACCAAACCAACAACUACUGCUACCACUAAACAUAUUACCACUGAAAGACAAUUCCAGAUAUUGUCUAAUGAAACCAUUACUAUGAUUACUAUUCCUAAGAUUCAGAUGCCGACAAUCAGUCUUAAAACUACUACUACACCAACUCCGACCACAACUGAUAUGCCAAUCACUACAAGCAAAGCACCUGAAAUGCCAGCACCGGUGAUAAAUUCAAUUGGAUCGGGAAAUGAUGACCAAGUGGUCAUUGAGAUCAUUAAUCCGGAAAAAUGGGAAAUGAUUACAAUACAUCGCAACAGAACUACACCACCGAUUGUAGAUAACUUUAAUACUUCAACAACUCUGCCAUCAACUACAGGAUCAACUGAAGUACAAAUGGAUGUUAAUAAUACUAGUAAUAGUAAUAUUAAAAAUAAAUUUAGCGGUAAGGAUCAAAUUGUUGAUAAUAAAGAAUUGGAUUCAAUAAAAACUAUUGAAUUACCAGUAGUUAGAGUGUCAUCUAAUGAUUUCGAUAAACAACAUGAAUCGCAAACUACAGAAGCAAAUAAAAUAACAAAUAAAUUCAAACAAAGACCACAGAGAAUGACAUCCAAACUAUUGGAUUCUAUAACAAAUGCAAAUGAGAUGUCGUCCGGCGUUAAAUUGGUCCGCAAUCGGGUGUUCAGAUCAACUGAAAGACCUAAAAAUGAUAUACAGUUCCAAAUAAAUCGCAUAAAUAAAUUUGAUCAAAAACAACACGAUGAUGAGGGUGAUUUUAAAGAGUUUAAGCCAGUUAAGCUUGAUUUGCCAUUAUUUGAUGAUAUUAAAGACAAUUAUAUACCAUAUCCUAACAUUGACCUGGAUACAUUGUUGGGAAAAAUUAAUAGUAUACUUUCGGCUACAAAACCACCUAAUGGUGAAAUAGUAUCACCUAAUUAUGACACAAUAUUGCUAACACUAUCGGAUCUGGUGUUUCCGACUUUGACCACUAAAACUGUACCAACAUUAGGACCACAGCCCACUCCAAGUACUAACCCACCGGUUAUUGGACCGCAAAUGAGUAAUACUAACACUGAUGUGCAUAAACAUCAAGAAUAUACAACAUCCACUACAGACAAACCGAAAACUACAACAACUUUGACAACCAAUGAAAUGCAAAUGACCGACAAAUCUAAAAAUGUAGAAACAAUAAAAACUGUAGAAAACAGUCAACCGGUAACUCUGUCUACCAGUUCUUCAACUACUACUUCUAGUACGACGACUACUACUACUUCUACUCCUAUUAUUACAAUUCAGACUCAAACAGAUGCCAUACCUAUUCAAACAACUAAAAAACGAAACCGUUUUCCGUGGCCUGUAAAACAUAAUCAUGAAAACAACAGAAUAACACUAGGAUUCACCGCUUCAACUAUCAAUACAGCCAUAACAACUACACCAUCAACUCCUAUGACAUCUAGUCUAUCGACUCAAUCAACCAGUGAUCAGUCGGUAUCAAAUAAAGGGUUUUACACUCAAUCGGAUCAAUGGAGAACAACAGCAAAUGAGGAUAAAACUAAUAAAAAAUUUAAGUUAACUCUUAGGCCAUUGAGUGCAACAUUGUAUACACUUCCUACUAUUAAUUGGCCUAUAAUUGAGACCAAAUAUGCUGAACCAUUAAUUUCUACAUUAACACCUCUAUUGACUACACAUCGCAGACCAUUACUGUCGACACCACGUCUUGAUUGGUUACCCCAAUGGAUAUUCACAGCACUGGCCCGAUCCACAACUCCUCGGCCACCGAUACAAACCACAUCUCUGCCGCCAAUUAUCGGUCCUAUGAAAGAGGGUUUCCAAUACUCGACUGUUCAUUAUGUCGAGGAAUUACCACAAGAAGUAGUACCGAAUGACACGAUUGGCAAAGAUAUUCAUGCAAUGGAUGUCGAGUUAAACGAAAGCGAUAUAAAUUAUAUUACAAACUAUAGUUCAACAGAUUAUUCAGUAACUAAUAAACCUAAAGGAACUGGAAGUGGAAAAGAGGGUAAUAUUCACGGAAACAAUUCAGGACAAAGUUAUAAUGGUAUUGGCACUAAUAAUGGACAGGGAGGUAUUAUCAUUGGAGCCAAUUCAGGCAACGGUAGACGACCUGGUGGUAGAAGACCAGUUCCCAGUCAUCUUUUUGUAUCGCGACGUUUACGAGACUCUGAAGUGACGUCCAGUAGUGGAGGAAUAUUGAGGUUCGGUAGAUGA